UAAUGCCUUUUGUUUCCUUUUGUUUUUUCUCAGUUUUCUUGGUAACCAAUCAGAAAAUUAGCUGAUUAGUUUUGGCUAUUUGUGUUUUGAGAUAUAUGCAUUAAGUGAUAAAGUUUUGUUAUGGGAAAGAAAAUGGCUUGUCAAGCUAUAGAGGCGUGGACAAUUAGUGAACUAGUCGGUGCAUAUCUUGAUCUUUCUAUAGCUUAUUUACUCUUAUGUGGAUCAACACUUGCUUAUAUUAUGUCAAAAUUUCUCGGUUUGUUUGGAUUGAGUUUGCCUUGUCCUUGCCAUGGACUUUUCGGUAACCCCAGUAAGAUUAAUUACAACAACUGCUUGCAAAGUCUGUUAGUGGAUUGCCCUCCAGAGAAAAUAUCUAAUGUUCAAUUCUUGGUUAAGACCAAGUUCCCUUUCGAUUCGGUGUUCGCGAAUAACUUGAAUCCCCAAUUGAAAAUAGAGAGAAACUUUGAGGGUGAAGCAUCAUGUCGCUCAUUUUCGCGAGAAGUGAUUGAGGGAGAAUCUCCUGUGGAAGAAGGAAGUUUUGAUGUUAAAGGGAAGGCGAUUACUAGUCGGAGUUUAAGUUCUGGUAUCAAGCAUCGCGAAAAUGCUUCUGCUGAUAAUGAUAAGUCUCCAUCAGUUUCAUCUCUUGAUCCAUUAUUGUCGGAUGAACAGGCUGUUCUGGGGUCUCCUGCCAGUCACGUGAAACAGAAUGCAGUUACACACUUACAUUUCCAUUUGUUAUUUCUGCAUAUUUUGAUGCUGUUUUAUGUGGAUGGUUUUAUUAUUUUAGACGAAAAGGGAGAUUUUAAGGAGGAGAUUGGUAUGCUUAAUGAAUUGAACGAACCUCUUGAUGAAAAUAAAGUAAAUGAGAAGGAUGUGUUACUUGUUCAAGAGUUCAACUACAAUUUGCAAGGGCAGCUGGAAUUUGAUGGCCUUGAUAAAGAUGCAAUUAGAAUUUUGGAACAAGCACUGGAAGAACAGCUUGCCGCUCGUUCAACUCUGUAUCUUGAACUUGAGAAAGAGAGAAGUGCUGCUGCUACUGCAGCAGAUGAGGCCAUGGCUAUGAUACUUCGUCUACAAGAGGAGAAGGCAUCAAUUGAAAUGGAAGCUUGGCAAUACCAGAGGAUGAUAGAAGAAAAAUAUGCUUAUGAUGCCGAAGAAAUGAACAUUCUCAAAGAGAUCUUGGUAAGGAGAGAGAGGGAAAGGCAUUUCUUAGAGAAAGAAGUUGAAGCUUUCAGGCAAAUGUUUUUCGCAAAUGAGCAGUUGGAGGCUGAUAUGGAGGAUACAGCUUCCACACUGGAGUGCAAGGCUUCUUCCUCAUUAUAUUUUAAUGAGGAUCCAGCAAUGAUGCUACUGAGAAUUAGUAAAUCCUUUGGAGAGAAGAAAAAGAUUAAAGGUACAAAUGAUGUUCCUGAGAAUGAUGUUACAUCUACUGAGUCACAAAAUUAUACUCUCCCUUUAGGGAAAGAAUUACCAAUUCCAGAAUUGGUUGAAGAUACUGACUCUUCAAAACUAGGAUACAUCCAUGGACAUCCCAGUUUUAACAAACGUUAUCAGCAACCUUCAAGAAACAGUGAUGAAAUUUUUCAAGAUUUACAAGAGAAGGGGAUAAUGUCCAUGGACAAGAAUCCAAUUGAUCUACAAAGAGAGGUGCAAGCUGAUGACAACAGUUCAUCCCAAGGUUUGACAUCAAAGACAAUAGAGACUUGUGGCGCAGCUAAUAUUGGUUCUCCAUGUAGUGCUAGUAAUGUGGAGAAGCAUAAAAAACUUUCACAAAGCUUAGUCAAAACUGAAAGAGACCUUUGUGUUAACCAUGUGCCUGUCAUUGGCAAUGAGCUUGUUAUGUUUAAUGAAACUAGGGGAAACAAAAGUGAAGACCUGUCAAAUAAUGUCACGGUGGAUAUUCCUAUAUCAUGUGAUAGUACAACUAUAAAUAGCUCAGAAACUGCAACUGACAUUAAGAGAAGCAAAUCAGACAUAUCUAGUAGUAGAUUGCUGCAUAUGGGUUCCCAGCAGAGCAAAGAUGUGCUUUCCAAUUUGCGGAGAAAUUCUAUGUCUGCUUUAGAUUAUGAAAGGUUGAAAAUUGACAAUGAAGUUGGGUGGCUUACAGAAAGACUAAGGGUUGUGCAAGAGGGAAGAGAGAAGCUCAACUUCUCAAUAGGACGUAGGGACAGGGAAAAAGUUCAGUUGCAGCUUCUGGAGGAUAUAACAAGUCAACUUCAAGAGAUUCGACAGUUAACUGAACCUGGAAAGGCAUUACGUGAUGCCUCUUUGCCCCCAUUGUCAGCUAAGGUUAUUUUAAAGAAAAAGGCCAAAAGACGCACACAAAGUGUUUCUUUAGGUGAGCAAAGGAGCGCGUGAACAAAAUACAACAGGGACUGUAGGAGUUUCAGGGGAGCUACAUAUACUGCUUUGUACGUAUACAUGGAGGAAUCUUUGGUUAAUUAAGUCGUCACUUUUAGUUCUUUGGGUCUGGAUACUUGUUUGGCCACACCAGUUCUCUUCAAACAUAUCACGUGAUGCCUAAGUUCUGCUGAGAGCUAAACUGUGGCGUUUUGAUCUCUUCUUUGGGUAGCCUCUUGAUGAAAGCCUUUGAAAGCAUGCAAUUUUGUUUUUGCCAUGGAGAUUUCAAGUUUCCGGCAGCUGGAGUGUGUGCUGGAGGAUGACAUAUGUAGGUAUACUACUUUGCUUAGCAAUGAUAGGAAUACGACUUCAACCACGUAUUAGACAUUUUACUCGACCAAGUUUUUGAACUAUGAUUGCAAUAAAGAUGGAUUGUGUCAUGAUCACUUGUUUGUACUUGAUAAUUGUAUUAUUGCAAUUAUGUUAGUUGUUCCGGAGAAUGAAUAAUUAAGUGUUAAAUAACAGUGUUUAGUAAUAGUUCUUUUGAUGUACUAAAUUUUGAUUCUUAUUAUUUUAUGAGUAUUACCAUUUAGCAGUA